AUUCAGAAGAAAAAAUAUUUCAUUAUUUUAAGUGGACAGAGGCCUGUUUGCUCUAUGUAAAUGGUCUUUUGGUUGAAAGCUAUUGACAAAUGGAGAUUAUAUGUAUCCAUAACCCUGCUCAUAUAAUGCCAAAUUCACCCACAUCAAAACAAUUGUAAACCAAGUCUCCACAAUCAUUAGCACCUUGCCAUACUGAAUUUAAGCAUGCAUAUUUUUCAGCAAUGCUUGUUAUAUAAUAUUCAUUUGAAAACAUUUCACCCCACAUAAGGGAAAAAUAUAUUGCAUUAACUACUAUUUUUAGGGGUCGUCAUUUCAAGUACACAUGACACCCUUUGAAGGGUCUUUAUAAUGAACAGAAGAUUCUUUGCUUCAUGACCAAAAAAAGCCUUUUAGACUCAUGGAUCAACCAGAAACUUACCCCCUUAACAUUUCAUUCCUUCAGCAAUAGUUUACUGUGUUCGCAUGAAAAUGUGAUUCCCCAAAUUCAACAAAAUUGUACUUACUUAGCACCUGCUGUACCCAAGAUAUUUAAAGUGACGUACUCUUUGCAUUUACAACCCGGAAAGAAUUCUAGGCAUCUAAUAUUUAUUGUAACACAAGUCAGAAUAGGAAAGCCUGUCAUCCCGGGGCGUAAACUUUCUCCCUCUAUUUGUGGCAAAAAUCGGGCGUCGUAGUGGAGAACCAAACGAAAUACUGAAAAAACUAGGAUGGGAUCUACUUCACCCCAAGCGUCAUGCUCAAUCUUUAUGAUUCUGGGCCAGUUUGGUGCCUUCGCCAACUCUGAGCCUACAGAAACACUUAUGGGGCUUCUGUUUGUGACACGGAACGUACUAAGCAAUAGGAAUGCAAAGAAAGACAAAAGUUCUUAUGGGGGGAGACAUACAAACGCUAUGUACCAACCAAGACAAAAUGGAACCAUAGAGGGAAGGUAGGGUUAAAAGAGGGCUUGACAUACACACUAGCUUUCCUCAGCUGCUUUCUUCCCCACCCCCGCUUAGCAGGCACGUCUUUUAAAGACCCAAGAAAUACAAUUCACUCUCGGAAAUUUUAUCCCUAUGGCACUGGAGAGGAUGCGUUUACAUCUCUGCGGCAGCCCCACGUCCGGGAUCCUUUCUUUCCCUUUCAUUAGGACGUGGGCUCCUGGGAGGGGAGGGGAAAAAAAACAACUGCUUACUUAAGAAACAGGAGUGUACCCACUUGGGGGCUUUUCCCGCCCCUGUCUGCAGCAAAACCCUACGAAGGCAGUGGGACCCAAACCUCCCCAAAACCAAGCUGGGUUACAGUCCAUCCAAGGUUCCUGCCCAGAGUUCAACCUUCCAGAUUUGGGCCAAUGCGGCACCUCAGCGAGAGCGCGUUGACGCACGUAGAUGAAGGGCGGGACUUCCGUUUCGUACAGGCUCAGGAUUCGUUACUGCCCCGGAUGCAGUCAGGAAGACGGCUUUUGGGGUGCCGUGGUUUAUGUCUCCACUUGCAGGUCGAGAUGCUGUGUGGUUCCCGACAGCAGCUGCGGAGCCGGCUGCUGCCCGCCCUCCUAGGGAGCAAGAACUGUACGCUAAGACGAGGCGAGCCAGUAGACAGUCCGGGCUUCCUCUUGCCUGUGUCCGCUUGUGCCUAUGGCGCCGCCGCGGGGCCGGCUGGGGCUGGGGGCUGGUACGAAACCUUGGCAGCAUCAGCCCCUGCACACUGGGCGGAGGCGAUGUUCCUGGGAGCGCAGGGCGCCACGGGGCUGCCGUGGUGGGCCAGCAUUGUCGUCACCACCGCAGCCUUGAGGAGUGCCGUCACACUGCCCCUGGCCGUCUAUCAGCACUACAUCUUAGCCAAGGUGGAAAAUUUGCAACCAGAAAUAAAAAUAAUUGCUAAGAAUCUCAACUAUGACAUUGCAUUUCGAGCAAAACAGUUGGGAUGGUCAAAAAGAGUAACUAGGCUCACUUAUCUGAACAACAUGAGGAGGAUUGUUUCAGAGCUAUAUAUUCGAGAUAAUUGUCACCCAUUCAAAGCCACUCUGCUGGUCUGGAUUCAGAUACCAAUGUGGGUCUUUAUGUCUGUUGCCCUACGGAAUUUCAGUCUAGGGAUAACAGAUUCAGAAGGAGGCUUUUCUAUUCAGGAACAGUUUUCAACAGGUGGAGUCUUAUGGUUUCCUGAUCUCACCCUGCUUGACUCCACAUGGAUUCUGCCAGUCUCACUUGGUAUCCUCAAUUUGUUAAUAGUGGAGAUUUUUGCUUUACAAAAACUCGAAAUGUCCCGCUUUCAGAAGUAUAUCACAUAUUUUACUCGUGGAAUAUCUGUGUUGAUGAUUCCCAUUGCUGCAACUGUACCCUCAGCAAUCGCACUCUACUGGUUCAGCUCCAGUCUCUUAGGCCUUUCCCAGAACCUGCUGCUGCGCUCCCCAGGAUUUCGACAACUCUGCCGCAUACCAAUGACCAGAUCAUACUCGGACACUCCUUAUAAGGACCUCUUUGCUGCCUUUUACAGCAAGUUCUUUUUAAGAAAAUGAUCUCUUCUACAGUGACUAGAGUAUCUGACUCAUUCAUUUCCCUUUAAAAUGAAAGGUCUGGUAGCAGUUCUUCAGGGAACACUUUUUAUGUGAUUGUAUAAUGCAAUUAGCUAUGAUUUAAAAUGCUGUUGCAAUGUGUAAUACUUGUGUUUUAGACAAGUGAAGAUCAGGCCACUUAUGGUGGCUACUUUGAUCAUUGAAUGGAAAGAAAAUUUGUUUUAUAUUUGGAGAAGUGGGUGGAAUUUGCUACAAAAUCUGGAAUUGCAGAAGGGAAGUAUCAGUAAGUCACCUAAAUUUAAAAUGGAGAAAUGGCUUCGAUGAAACAAAAACAUUUGCUAAAAUAUUAACUAGUAAUAUUAUAGUGACCACCUGCAUGUUAGAUUGAAUAAAAUAGAUAUAAAAAUUGUAAGGAAACCAACCUCAUUGAAUAAAUGCCUCUGAAAUCUUUACUAAAA